CAUGAUUCUUUGCGUCUAAUCGUUGCUUGUGGUGCUAGCUGUACAGUUAGCUAGCUAGGUACAGAAAUUAUAGAUAAAAGUUGUCAACACGUUUCUCAUUCGGUAUCUAAAUCAAACCUACCGCGACAAUGAAAGAUGUUACCGGGUACCUCAAAACGCAACAGAGCAUGAGCUCAACUCCGGAGAUGGCAUCGGAAUGGCACACACUAGAGGAGUUUUACAACAAAAAGUUGUGGCAUCAGUUGACCCUAAAGCUCACAGACUUUGUAAAAGACCCUUGCUUUGCCACAGGAGAUGGCCUCAUACAGCUGUACGAUAACUUCCUCAGUGACUUUGACCACAGAAUCAACCCCCUGUCUCUGGUGGAGAUCAUCCUGUAUGUUGCCAGACAAAAGACAGAUCCUAAAGAUGCUAUCACUUUCCUUGAGAAGACUAAGGAGAAGGUGAAGAGCAACGAUGAGUCGGUCAUUCUGUGCAAGACGUCUAUUGGAGCCCUAAAACUGGAGAUAAAUGACCUUCCAGCCACAAAGAUAUUAAUUGAGGAGGUGGAGGAGACGCUGAAUAACUUGCCGGGUGUGACGUCAGUCCACGGGAGAUUCUACGACCUGUCCAGCAAAUACUACCGCAUCGUGGGGAACCAUGCCUCUUACUACAAGGACGCUCUGCGCUACCUCGGCUGUGUCGACAUCAAAGACCUGCCAGAGACAGAGAAGCAGGAGAGGGCUUUCACACUGGGUCUGGCUGGACUCUUAGGAGAAGGAGUUUACAACUUCGGAGAGCUGCUGAUGCACCCAGUACUGGAGUCCCUAAGGAGCACAGACAAGCAGUGGCUGAUAGACACAUUGUACGCCUUCAACGGAGGCAACGUGGAGAAGUUCCAGGCCUACAAGUCUGCCUGGGGAGCGCAGCCUGACCUGGCAGCCAAUGAAUCCAAACUGAUGCAGAAGAUUCAGCUGCUGUGUGUGAUGGAGAUGACGUUCACUCGUCCCGCCAACAACAGACAGCUGACCUUCCAUGAGAUUGGACAGAGUGCCAAGAUCCCCGUGAACGAGGUGGAGCUGCUAGUGAUGAAGGCUCUGUCUGUGGGUCUGAUCAAAGGAAACAUUGAUGAGGUGGACCAGAAGGUUCAGAUGACCUGGGUGCAGCCCCGAGUACUGGACCUGCAGCAGAUCAAGGGCAUGAAGGACCGGUUGGACGUCUGGUGUGGGGAUGUGAAGAACAUGGCUGUGUUGGUGGAACAGCAGGCCCACGAUAUCCUCACCUAGACAGGCCUCCCCCCCCUGGUUUAUCCUCACCUAGACAGGCCUCCUCCCCCUGGUUUAGCCUCACUUAGACAGGCCUCCUCCCCCUGGUUUAGCCUCACUUAGACAGGCCUCCUCCCCCUGGUUUAGCCUCACUUAGACAGGCCUCCUCCCCCUGGUUUAGCCUCACUUAGACAGGCCUCCUCCCCCUGGUUUAGCCUCACUUAGACAGGCCUCCUCCCCCCUGGUUUAGCCUCACUUAGACAGGCCUCCUCCCCCUGGUUUAGCCUCACUUAGACAGGCCUCCUCCCCCCUGGUUUAGCCUCACUUAGACAGGCCUCCUCCCCCUGGUUUAGCCUCACUUAGACAGGCCUCCUCCCCCUGGUUUAGCCUCACUUAGACAGGCCUCCUCCCCCUGGUUUAGCCUCACUUAGACAGGCCUCCUCCCCCUGGUUUAGCCUCACUUAGACAGGCCUCCUCCCCCUGGUUUAGCCUCACUUAGACAGGCCUCCUCCCCCUGGUUUAGCCUCACUUAGACAGGCCUCCUCCCCCUGGUUUAGCCUCACCUAGACAGGCCUCCUCCCCCUGGUUUAGCCUCACUUAGACAGGCCUCCUCCCUCUGGUCUCCCCCUGGUCUCCAUGGCCCUGUCCAGAACAACCCCCUAACCUCUAGACACUUGUAGAGAUCAGAGAAGAUUUGAUAGGUUUAUGCAGUAUGAUGAUAGUACCUUGCCCUCUGAUAGGCUAGGUAGAGUUUUGGCCAUAUUGCUUACACCAGUCAGAUCCUCUCAGACAAGGGUCUAAGGUGGAGGUGGCAGGAUUUUCUUCUGGACAGGGCCCUUCUCCCAGCCUGUUCACCCCUAGAACAGACACCUUCAACAGACACCACCACAGGAAUCCUCUCUUCAUUCCUCUACCUACCGAUCUCCCAGAAGGACUGAUGCAUUCAACUUUUUCAGUUUUUUUGUAUUUGUAUUUUUGUUGGGAUGCUGUGUAUGUUCUUGUUACUCUAUAGCAGUAAAUAAAUAAAAUUAAACAUUGUUGAAUUUUGAAAUAAAAAUUACAGAUGCUGGUUGAUGAAACAUUACCCUUCAA